GUUUUUUUUUUCUCAGAGAUAUUCUAAAUUUGAAUAUAAUGAAUACAAUCGAUUUCGAUAUUAUUAUGAUGCAAUAAUAACAUUUUCAGAAAUAAGGUAUUUGUUGUAACCUACCAGUUUAUUGCAGAUUGUUAUUUGCGGAUUUUGAAAGCAUCAUAGAGGGCUUAUGAUGUGUAGAUAAAAACUAUUUAUGGCCCAGAACACAUCCCGUUGAUUUAUCAUUUAAGUAUACGCCUUUAAGAUAAGAGUAUAACGAUAACUAACGGUUAUUGUUGACACUGAGAAUUUAAAAAAAAACUACGAGUAACAGUGCUAAAAUAAUUCUCAUUAAGAAACUCGAUAAAAAAAAUCUUGUAUAAUUUUGUAUUGGAUAAGUAGGUAUUGAUAAGGGAAAUAACAUUCUGUGAACAUGCUGCUUUUCCUAAAACAUUCAUUUUUAAUUAUUUGCAUUCCUUACCAAUAAACUCAUACGAAAGUUUAAAUAAAUAAAACUAUGACAAGUUAUUUAUAAAGGGAUGUCAUAUUAUUUGAUCUGAUAAGAAAACGUGUAUAUUAUACACCUGAAUAAGGAAAUACUGACAGUAAGGUAAAUGAAUAAGUACUAACUUGUACUUUAAACUUUUGAGAGUGUAUAAUGUAUAAUUUGGAAAAUGGGAAAAAUACCAAACUACUUCAUAGCGAAAUUGACGCUGAAAGAAAAAACAGUGAUAUUGAGGAGAAAAAUGAAGCUAAAAUAACUUUAUCUAACACAACGAGACAAAUAGGAUACGGCUACCGACAUGAACAGGCUGCCCUUCUGUUUGUUUGUCUGACGGUAGCUUACAGCAUGAGAACUUGCAUGGGAGUAGCUCUGGUGGCUAUGGUGUAUAACCGCCAUGAUAUAAGAUCAGAUAUUCAAGGAAAUAAUCAAACGGAUAUCGGAAGUGUUGGACUUCUAAAUGGAAUUUUAUUUACUGAACCAUACCCGAAAUUUCGAUGGAACAAAACAACUCAGGACUACAUGUUAGCUGCAUUUUCGUGGGGAUAUAUGAUUUUACAGAUACCAGCAGGCCAGAUAGCUCACCGGUAUGGUACCAGGUAUCUUCUUACCGGUGCGCUGGUAAUAAAUGGGGUGAUAUCAUUUUGCACUCCAUGGGCGGCGUAUUAUGGAAGUUGGGUAUUUGUCGUGAUUUUCCGAAUGAUUCAAGGCUUAAGUCAGUCUUGUUUCAUACCAGGCAUGCACACGGCAUUUGGGAAAUGGGCGCCUUUGGAGGAACGCGGCAGACUGUCGGCUUUUGCAUAUGGAGGUCAAGCACUAGGGACAGUAUUAGGGUUACCGAUAACAGGCUUUAUCGCAUCUUCGCCACUAGGCUGGCCUGGCAUUUUCCGUUUUUACGGACUUCUUUCACUCGCCGUCGGGGCCGUUCUGUGGUUCUUCGGAGCUGAUUCACCAGCACAGCACCCACGAAUAUCUGUUGCUGAGAGGCGAUAUAUCGAAGAAGCCUUAGGACAGACUGGGAGCAAAGGAAAACACCUGAAAGUCCCAUGGAAGAAGCUGCUACGCUGCAAGGCGCUAUAUGCUAUCGUGAUAGCCCAUAUAGGUCAGACCUGGGGUCAGUUGACCUUGUACACGGAGGUCCCCGCUUUUAUGGACAAAGUAAUGAAGGUCAAUAUAAAAGCUAAUGGCCUUUUAACAGCAUUACCUUUCUUGGUGAUGUGGUUUGCCAAUUUCUUUUUCAGUUGGUUUACCGAUAUGAUCAUUGUAAAAAAGUGGUUAAGUGUAACAAAUACUAGAAAGCUGGCACAAUCGUUAGGUUGUAUACCAGCGGCAGUCGGGCUAAUCUCCUUGGCAUACGUUAAGAAGGAUAUUGUUGUUGUAGAGACUAUUCUAGUUUUAACGUGCGCUUUCAAAAUAGCCGCUCAUUUGGGCUGGCAUGUAAACCACAUUGACUUAGCUCCAAACUUUGCUGGUACCAUGAUGAGUAUUAGCAAUGCCGUAUCAAACGUGUUUGGAUCCCUGGCACCUGUGGUUGCAGGGUUCUUACUUGCCGAUGACGUUGCGAGUGAAUUUCUAUGGAGGAAAGUGUUUCUGAUAGCGGCAGGGAUUUAUAUUAUUACUGAUAUAGUAUAUGUCGCUAUUGGGUCAGCCGAGUUACAGAAGUGGAAUACCCCCGAAGAAGAUACGAAAGGGAAAAUUGAAAACGAUGAGCAAAAACCAAUGAUAUAGAAACAAAAGAAGAAUAAAUUAUUGCUAUUUA